AUGACAACAUUCACUUGGGUUAAAGCACAAGAAAUUUCAGACGACCUGGCACCUGUCGAUAAAACACACGAAAAGCGUCUUCUCGCCAAUGCUUUCCCCGAAAAGCCUACCCAGCAAGAUUUUAAAGUAACCACUCUAGUUUUGAUAGCUACUAUUGACGGAAGCUUGCAUUGCGUUAAUAGAAAAACUGGUAAAAUCUUGUGGUCGAAAGACCAUGCAGCCGGAGGACCAUUAGUUAAAUCACUCCGAAAAGAGGAGCAGGCUACUCAACAGGAGGAAGACGAAUAUGGGUCGGAUGCGGUUUCUGACAAAUCGGAGAGUGAAAAUGCUUUGUCAAAUGAUGUAGAAGAACCAGUCGACUCGGUUCGUGAAGAUGUCGAUGGUGAGCCCGACGAUGAUAAAUUUAAAUUCAUAGUUGAACCAAUUAAUAAGGGAACACUAUAUUUGUAUUCUCGCGGUACGGGAUUGCAGAAAUUUCCAUGGACAAUACAAUCGCUUGUUGAGGCUUCCCCGCGCCGCUCUGAAACCGGGCAAGUCUUCGUUGGGAGCAAAAAGUCUAAAUUUUUUGCGAUUGACCCUCGAAAUGGCGACUUUCUUCAAUCUAUUGAUAGCGACGGAGAGUGUUUCGCUCCCAAAGUGCUGCCAGCAGAUAUUUUAUACAUUGGGAAGAACGAAUACACACUUAAGAUACACAACAGAGGAAGCACUAAGCCAGCUCUGGAUGUAAUUUUCAACGAAUUUGUCCCAAGUAAUUCCGAUGAGCUAAACUAUGAAUCUCCAUAUUACAUUGCCUCGGCUCACGACGAUGAAGUACGUGCUACAGACGUCACCAGCGGCACGACCAUGUGGUCUAGAAAAUUUCCGUCUACAGCGAUUGCUAUAUUCGACAUUGUCCAAGGAGAGGAUCUUUCUGGUCCGCUCUAUGUAGUCAGCCAGCCCAAGUUACCCAAUAGCCAAAAUGACAAUCUCGACCCAACUUUGUCGACUUAUAUAGGAUUCCGAGAAGGUACUUACUUUGCAAUGUCCGGCGAUAAUUAUCCGAUGAUUCUACAUGGAAAUUGGGCAAAAGUUAACCCGCCUCCUGUUGCUGAUUAUCCGUUUUAUUCUGUGGCUGGUACUGACGAUGAUAGUGAAGAGUCAUGCUAUUUGAAACCUGCAAGCUAUCCUCACUGUUUGAUCGGAAAACAUACAAUAUCUCAACAACAACGACUUAUUUCAUCAUCUUCUGAAAACAAAGCUGACAUUGUUUCUGAGGAUGCUCCAUCAUCUGGCAGUCCCGAUGAGACUCGAUACUCUAGGCUUUACAUAGGACUUUCCUGGUUAGUUGUUAUAGUAAUUGGGAUAUGGACGUGGACGCAGUAUGGUGGGCAAAAGUUUAGAAAAAAGCAGAUAUUUCCUAAAUCAACAAAUAUGAAGAAGGGCACACCCACCAAAAAAAAGAGGAAAAAUUCUACGACAAACAAAAAGGUUUCUUUUGAUGUUACUGAGAAUGUAUCGCCCACGACCGCUGUUCAGACGUCCAUUAUCAACGACUCCACAGUUUCUUCUAGAGGCACGGAAACAAUUCGUGAAGUAGAACUCAGUAAACUUGUAGUAUCAGAAGAUAUCGGCAUAGGUAGAGGAAGUCAUGGGACAGUAGUAUACAAAGGAACAUUUGGGGGUCGUGAGGUUGCGGUUAAGCGUCUUCUUACCGAUUUCUAUGACAUAGUAGAUCGUGAAGUAUCAUUAUUAGAGAAACACGAUUUUCAUCCUAAUGUAAUACGCUACCACUGCAUGGAAAAGAGAGAGCAGUUUUACUACAUUGCUCUUGAGCUCUGUGAUGCAUCACUCUACGAGGUUAUCGAACGGCGGGCUGCUAUUCAGAAUCCUGAAUUGCUUACAGCUUUUGCGUCUGUUAAACCUCAGACCCUUCUCUACCAAAUUAUCUGUGGCUUGAAUUACUUGCACGCAAUGAAGAUCGUGCAUAGGGACAUCAAGCCACAGAAUAUUUUAAUAGCACUAACGAGAGGGGGUAAUACAUCUAUCCAAGCGAAGAUAUCUGAUUUUGGUCUAAGCAAGAAGAUAGAGGGAGUUGGCAGUAGCCUUCCUGGGACAAGCAGCGGUGGGGGAACUGUUGGUUGGAGAGCACCAGAAUUGUUGCCGCAAUCAACAUUUGAUAAUUACACAAACGAUAGUUUGUCAUCGUCAUACACAGAUGAAUUCAGUGAUGAGCAGCCACGGAGAUUUACCAGAGCAAUUGACAUAUUCUCUGCUGGAUGCUUGUUUUACUAUGUGUUAUCAAAUGGAGGACAUCCGUUUGGUAACAUUAUUUCUAGAGAAGCUAAUAUUUUAAGUAAUACAUAUAAAAUAGAAAAUUUGGAGGCUGAAGCCAAAGAUCUGAUUGAGCGGAUGAUAAGCAAUGAUCCGUCGAAAAGGCCGAAGGUGGAUAGUAUCAUGGUGCAUCCUUACUUCUGGUCUCCCACAAAACGUCUUGCAUUCUUACAAGAUGCUUCAGAUAGAUUUGAAAAGGAAGGACGCGAUCCGCCGUCCGAAUUACUUAAACGUCUCGAGUUAGGGGCUCGUGCAAUAACUGGGACAGAUUGGCAUUUUUUCCUUGAUGAGGUAAUCAACGAGAAUCUUAGAAAACAUAGAUCGUACGAUGGUAUUAAGAUUAGAGAUUUAUUGCGUGCUUUGCGAAAUAAGAAAAACCAUUACCAGGAUGAUGAUGAAAAGGUAAAACGUGCGUUAGGCGACCUUCCUGAUGGUUUCUUGAAUUAUUUCACUUCUCGGUUUCCCGGACUCCUUUUACAUGUAUAUAAUGCUAUUGCUGAGAAUGAUGCUUUGAAAAAUGAGAGUGUAUUUAGACAAUAUUUUAGUUCCGAAGAGCAUAAUAACUGA